GGCCAGUCGCAGGGUGGGAGGCGGCCAGGCGGGGGGGGCUGGUUCUGCGCAGCUGGGAGGGAGGAGCCACAAGGACCCCGGCGGGCUUGGGGGUGAUCAUGGGCGGCUGAGGGGAGCCGAGCCCCGGGGCGGCUCGUGCCGGCGGCCAUGGCCGAGGAUUACUGGGACCCGCAAUAGCAGUAGCCUCCGACGCCGCCAAGUGACUCCAGCCAUCUUCACACCAUGGAUCGGAUGAAGAAGAUCAAGAGGCAGCUGUCCAUGACGCUGCGGGGGAGCCGGACAGUAGAGAAGAACCUCAAUGAACCCAUCAACAUAGAGGAAAACAGUACCAGUGAUAAUGGUGAAUUCUGUGGCCCCACAGUGAAGAGUGUGCGCCCCAGCACCUCCCGCAGCGUUCACGCCUUCCUGCACCACUACGCAGGCUCCUUCCGCAGGCCCCGUCUGGCCGUCAGCCGCAGCCUGAGCGCUCACCUCAACCGCACCGCCCGACUAGAAAUUGUCCAUGAAGACCUCAAGAUGGGCUCAGAUGGUGAGAGUGACCAGGCGUCAGGGACAUCAUCGGAUGAGGUGCAGUCCCCAGUCCGGGUGCGCAUGAGGAACAACCCAGCACGCAAGAUCUCUACUGAGGACAUUAACAAGCGUCUGUCGCUCCCAGCCGACAUCCGUCUACCUGAAGGCUACCUGGAGAAACUGACCCUCAACAGCCCCCUCUUUGACAAGCCCCUCAGUCGAAGGUUACGAAGAGUCUCUUUGUCAGAGAUAGGUUUCGGGAAGCUGGAGACGUAUGUGAAGUUGGACAAGCUGGGAGAGGGGACGUAUGCCACGGUCUAUAAGGGAAAGAGUAAACUCACUGACAACCUGGUGGCCUUGAAGGAGAUCCGUCUUGAGCAUGAGGAGGGAGCACCUUGCACAGCCAUCCGGGAAGUUUCCCUUCUAAAAGAUUUGAAACAUGCCAACAUAGUGACCCUGCAUGAUAUCAUCCAUACGGAGAAAUCCCUCACGCUUGUCUUUGAGUAUUUAGAUAAAGACCUGAAACAGUACCUAGAUGAUUGUGGCAACGUAAUAAAUAUGCACAAUGUGAAGCUGUUCCUGUUCCAACUGCUGCGUGGCCUGGCCUAUUGCCACCGCCAGAAGGUGUUGCACCGAGACCUCAAACCUCAGAACUUGCUUAUCAAUGAGAGAGGGGAGCUCAAACUAGCAGAUUUUGGACUGGCCCGGGCAAAAUCCAUUCCCACCAAGACCUACUCCAAUGAGGUGGUGACACUUUGGUACCGACCACCUGAUAUUCUGCUGGGCUCCACAGAAUAUUCCACACAGAUUGACAUGUGGGGUGUGGGCUGCAUAUUCUAUGAGAUGUCCACAGGACGGCCACUCUUUCCAGGCUCCACAGUUGAGGAGCAGCUGCACUUCAUUUUUCGGAUAUUGGGGACACCCAAUGAAGAGACAUGGCCUGGAAUCCUGUCCAAUGAAGAGUUCCGAACCUAUAAUUACCCCAAAUACCGUCCUGAGGCCCUGAUCAACCAUGCCUCUAGGCUGGACAAUGAUGGGGCUGACCUCCUAGGCAAGCUGCUUCAGUUUGAGGGCAGGAAGCGGAUCUCUGCAGACGAGGCCAUGCAGCACCUGUUCUUCCACAGUCUCGGAGAGCGAGUCCUCAAACUCCCAGACACUACAUCAAUAUUUGCACUAAAGGAGAUUCAGUUACAGAAAGAGACAGGGCUGAGAUCAGCUUCCCUGCCGGAAUCAGGCAGCGCCGCGUUCCGGGUAGUGGACACUGAAUUUUAGCCACCAGGUCAGUGAAUGGGCAGAACGGAAGACCGAGCCUGCUGCUUUGAAACCCGCGGAUCCGGGAUGGCAGGAGCACCAGCUCCCCCUCCCUGUGCACGCACCCGCCACCGCCGGCUUCGUUGUAUCGAACUGUGGAGUGAGGACUCGUGCUAGGAUUUGGGCGAGGGGGGGGGGUCACCGUGCCCUGGAGCCAAGGAUAAGCACGGCCCAUCCCUGGCAUCUGACAGCCAGGAACUGACGCCCUCUGCUGCUGGAAUGGACUCUCCCUCUCCCUCUCCCACACACGGUGUUUCAUUUUAUUUUUUAAGUUUAUUUUUGCAAUGCAAUAUUAUAAAUAUUAUAUUUACAAAUAUCUAUAAAGAGAGACAUCCCUGCCCUAGCCUCUCCAGUUGUGGGGAGCUUACAGUAUUAACUGCAAGGGAGCCAACGGCCACCACACCUCCUCCUGACUGGGGUGGAAGGGAGAGAAGCCCACUAGAGGGGGAACCAGUGUAGGGGCCACGGUGUCUGUAUAUCCGCCCUCUACACUCUGUAUAUCCAGGGGUGGGAGAUUACAUUAAUGUUUUGGAAGAUGGGUGGAACCUUUUUUUAAAAGAUGAAAUCCUUCCCCCUCCCAUACACAUACCAGUUACAAUUGCCUUUCUGUGGACUUGGAGUGGAAGUCUUCUAGAUGAGGGUGUUUGUUUGGAAACCCAGGCCUUGGGCAAGUGAGCAGGUGUCCUCUGGAGCCUCUCUGAGUCUUUUGGGAGCAUAAUCCCUCUCUCCUUCUUCUCCGCUGCCUCCUCCUUUCCUGUUGGGUUCUUCAUCUGGGUACGUUUCCUACUGCAGGAGUCCUAGUUCCUAGGCUGCUUCUGAUCAGAUUUGUAGCCUGCUCCUUACAGUUUUCUCCUUGCACCAAAGCUGAGUUUCUCCUUUCCUCCUCUUGCUUGCAGCUUCCUUAAUCUUGAUUUGUGUUGCAGUUGGGUUCUCCCCAUGUGCUUGAUCAGCGCUGUCAAUCCCAGCUGAGUUGUUGCUGUUGCUCUGUCAUGCAUUACUUGCGUAGUACUCAGGGUUUAUGCUUCUUCCUUACCCUUUGCAGGCAAAGUCCACCAGAAAUUCCUGCACAAGCCCCAUUGAAAUGAACAGGACCUGCUCAAGGGUGCACGUGCUCUUGUGCAAUUAAUUGUGCAACUUCCCAUUCAGUACAAUGGGACGUGUGCAGAAGUUCUGGGUGGAUUGUGCCUCGUUUACACCCCUCCCCCCCAUACUUGCGUGUUCUGCAAUCUUUAUACAAUCACUACUAGUUGCUGAUCCCAUGUUUCCUAAAUCCAAAUAUGGUACCUAGACCUUUUUCUAAAGUAAUGACACUUACUGAAGUUUUCUUUGGUCACCUUGCACUUGUCCCAGUCAUUCCUCCACUGUUUUUUAUUCCUUACACUUCAACAUCAGUCUCUGCAAACUUAAAACCGUAAUAUUCUUUAUUUAUGUGCUCCUCAGUCUUUACUCAAACUACUGAGCCCCUUAGCUCAGAGUAGGACCCUCUGAGUAGGACCCUACUCUGUCCUGUGUUAAAAGUAAACCAGUAAGUAUUCUGAGGUUAACCAACCAAUCAAUUUUAUCCAGUCAACCAACCUCCACUCAGUCUUCACUCACAGGGCAGCCCUUUAUCAAGUUAAUCAGCCCCUUAUUCAGUCCUUAAUCUAUCAAAGAGCUACUUGAGAGUAACUGUGCCCUUUAUUCAAUAACUUUAUGCUCUACUAGACUGUUACUCAGAGAUAAGCAAUUCAUGCCCGGACCUCCUCCAGAGGACUUCACUCCUGUUGCUUUAUCAGUGUUACUCAACUCCAUUGCCUGGUUUUUACCCAGAGGCUCCCAUUAGCUUCUGUUCUGUUCUUUGCAAUAUCUGUAUGCCAUCAGCUCCUCCAAAGUUAGUCAAUCCUGAAUCCAACCUUACACAAGAGCUUACUAGAUAACUAGUCAUAGAAAUCCCUAGAGAGUCUUGCCUGCCUAUGGAAACACCAAGGGUCUUGGCUUCCUAUCCUCCUGGCUCUGCUACCAAGAUAGAGAGAGGAAGAGGGGAAUGCCUAUAGCCCUUCUCUCCAGCUUAGACUGCCCAAGAGUAUUGCAGUUCCUCAGGCAGGCAGGACUGAUUCUUUAGCUCAGGGCACAAAGGCAUAAUUGAAGGAUGUCAGUCUGAGUCCUGUCUUUGCUCUUUGUGUGUGUAUAGACAAGAUGGCACCCAACCUUCCUCGCGUUGAUCACGGCCUAUAUAUAUAUAUAUUAUAUAUAUAUAUAUAAUGUGUGUUUGUGUGUAUAUAUGUACAUAAUGUAACCAUUUUUAUAUGCAGCAUGAAGCGCUUGUAAGGUUCAAGAGUUUCCCCCCCAACGAGAGCCAUAUAUUAUUAUAAUUGUUCUUAACCCUCAGGCAACAUAAAAAAUUUCUGAAUGUGCCUCCUCUGCCGAGGCCAUGCAGAAAUGUAGCUUGCCUUGUGCUGGGGUGCAAGGAAUGAGCAGUGUGGGACUGGGUCUGGCGCUCCGAUGUCGCUGCCUGUGCGGUGGAGAAUUCUGGGGAGAAUCCAAACAUCUCUGUAUCACUUGAUGUCAAGGGAUAGCCACCAUGAAGAGGCCGAGGGUAACCAAUGCUCAGGAAAUCAAAGAAGGUUGUGUUUACAAAAGGGCCUUAAUAAUAUGCAGGAAAGAACAGCCCCCUGUUCUUAGUUCAGAGAACAGCCCAAAAGGCUCCUUUUUCGCCCAAUAGUCUGCCUGCAUGACCCUCCUCUCUGCUCUUGUCUGCUCUGCUCUAGACUCUGGUCUCCCAGUUUUCUUUUUAUCUCCUCCCUGCGUUGCACCUUAAGACUGAAGAGGCUUUUGCUAGGGAGACCUGUUUCUUAACCCUAUCACAUCGCAGUUGCCAUCUUCCUACCUAGAUCUGUUUCUUUAAGAGCUCUGGGUGUGCUGAAGCAGAAGGUCUCCCUACCUCAGAAUGCUUAAAGAAAAACCUGCCAGUUCUGGGCCCAGAUGUUCCAACACUACUUUCAGUGGAAGUUUGCCAUUUGGAGUGUGUGUUCCAUUCCUUCUGUGCAGCCCAGGGCAGACAUAACACUUAACCAUGGUUUAGCAGGAACAGUGGCUUAAUUGUUGCCUUAACAAUUAAGGCCGCAAACCUACAGUGAAACCAUGGUUUAGCGAAGCCUUGUCCCCAGAGGGUAUGUAUAAGGAGACACCAGAAAGACUAGAGAGGUGGGGAAACUGCCUUAAGUGUGGGUUGCCUGGUACAGAUGUAGUGCUUAACACAAACUAUGGCUUGCAAACCCACCAAAUCACAGUUUAAUAUCCUGGUUUGCACUGAAUUCUUACCCAUGGUUGAGGUCAGGACUGCACAACGCUGGCCCUCAUGCCGAUGCUGGAUUACAAAUCCCAACACUCUUGGCCACUGUGGCUGGGGAGGAAGGGAGUUGGAGUCCAACAACAGCUGGAAGGCCAAAGUUGUGCAGCCCUCCUUCAUGUAUCGAGGCACUGCUUGACCAGGGCUGAGCAUUAGGUCUGCACAGGGACUGUGGGAGCUCCUGUUAGAAUAGAGUCUGAGUGGAGUAGUGGGGAGACUGUGACCAAGAAAGAUGGUGCUUUUUUGUGGGGGUGGGGGUUGGUCCACUGUCCAACCAAUCCACUGUCCAACCAAUCCAGUUUAGUGCACAGAACUGUCCAACCAAUCCACUGUCCAACCAAUCCACUGUCCAACUAAUCCAGUUUAGUGCACAGAACUGCUUCCCAUUUCAACUGCUGCUGGAAGGGAAGAAUGAGAGUUCUACAGCACAGAGAAGGGUAGCAAAGGUGAAUAUGUGGAAUAUAUCUAUGCUACAAAUGACUGGUUUGCUUUUACUGGGUUGAUUGUCAGAUUUCCCCCUAAGGAACUGUGGGAAUUGUAGGGAAUUGCUGAGAAUUUGACUGAGGCACAUAGCCUGUAUAGAGAAUUCAGAAUUCUCAGAGGUGAGGAUGGGGACAAAACCCACGACAGUUAAACAACUUUGUUUAUACUAUAGAUGUAUUCUUAGUCCACACCUGAAGGAGGAGUGGAUUGUCACGUGAGUGGGAAACACAAUAUUGUCUAUUGGACUGUGAAUGUACAGAGGAUCUAGUCUCAUUUCUUUGUGGAGGGUGGAGGAAAGAAGGGAGAAACAGAAUCAAUUUCUGUACUGGAGGUUUUGAGCUGGAGGUGGUAAACCGACCCUUUCUUGCAGCAAACAGAAAUCCUGGAAUGGAUUAUCAUUAGCAUAUGAAAUGGACCAUCUCUAUGUGCUUCCCCCACCCAACUCUUUCCACCUUUUGACAGGGUGGAUAUGGAGUUCAGUUGUCCCAGGAUGGAAAAGGAAAUUCCUGCCUUGUACAUAACUUGAAUUGAGGGAGCAGCCUUCUAUUUGACAGAUCUGAAAUUAUCUUUGCAGAAGAAAACUCCCUGGGGAAGGGGGGGGGGGAGGCAGAAUUCUCUCUCUCAGAUGUUCCUCCCCAGCCCCCUUAUUCAGGAUUAACAAAUGCGCCAUAUCCAAGUGUACGGAACUGAUUAAAAGUCUCCAAGAA